GGGCCAGGGGUGGCCCUGGCCACCCCUGACCACGCCCUGGCCCCGCCUUGGCCACCCCACGGCCGGAGAAUAAUUUUAAAAUAAAUUAUAUGUCUCGGAGAAUUUUGGUUCCGGCCGCGAGAUUUUAGUUCCGCUGAUUUGUUUCCCGGUGGGACCCAUUUUGCUGUAACACCCACAAGCUGUUUUCUCAACCUCUCUGAAACGAACGUGCCUCGUGUAGCAGCAACUGGUGGAGGAGUCAGUCGAAGUCAUGUCCAAGUCCGACAACACAACCUACCCAUGAACCAGGGCCGUGAGAUUUGGAGUCAUUGAUCCAGUAACACAACCCACUCAAGGCACUUCGCAAGAUGCCAACAGACGAUGCCAACAGACGAGGCAGCCGAACACCAACCCUGGGUUCAGUGGGCCCCCUGCAGACAUAUCCAGAUCAAGAUCAGACCCACCUACCCAACCCCAGCUGAAAGAGUACCCAAGAACAGCCUUCGGUGCAAGACAAAGAAAUUUCAGUCCUUCGUGGUAUGGUCUGUACACAUGGAUUGAAUACUCCCAGUCCAAGGACGCUGUUUAUUGUUACGCCUGUAGGCACUUUAGCCUUCCCAACGUAGACACUACUUUCACAGACAAAGGCUAUAAAAAUUGGAAGAAAGCAAUGUACUGUGAUAGUGGCUUUGCUACACAUGCCAAAUCUCAGUUGCAUAUUAAUGCAAUGUUAGCUUGGUGUAACUACCAGACAAAAGGUCCGGAGGAAACUCUGAUAAAUACACUAUCACACUGUGUCGGAGAGUUAGUAAAGGAAAAUCGCCAUUAUAUAAAAAGUGUUGCUGAAGUGUUAUUGUUAACUGCCACGCAAAAUAUUGCUCAACGAGGGCAUAGAGAGAGUGAUGAGGAUAAUAACCAAGGAAACUUUUUGGCCAUUUUGCAGCUUCUUGCAAACCACGACCCAGUAGUUGAGAAGAAACUGAGUGGGAUGCACAAUGCCAAAUACACCUCACAUCAGAUACAAAAUGAAGUGCUAGAUAUAUUAGCAGAAAUGGUGCGCUCCUCAAUUAUAAAGGAAGUGAAGGACAGUCAGUUUUUUGCCCUUUUAGCAGAUGAGACCAAAGACAUCGCAAAGAAAGAACAGAUGUCAAUUGUACUACGCUACUAUUAUAAUGGGGAGAUAAAAGAAAGCUUUUUGCAUUUUGAGGCUUUGGAACAGCUUGAUGCUGCUGAAUUGACCAAAAGGAUAGUCAGUAUACUUGAGCGCUACGGCCUGGAAUACAGAGAAAAUUUGGUUGGGCAGGCGUAUGAUGGUGCGUCGGUUAUGCGUGGCAAAAACAGUGGUGUUCAGGCUCGGCUGAAGGAGUUGGCAAAUAAAGCCUUUUAUGUCCAUUGUAACGCCCAUUGUUUAAACCUAGUGCUUGUGGACACUGUUAAAAUUAUUCCGGAAGUUGACAAUUUCUUUACUGUCGUGCAAAAAUUGUAUAACUUCAUGUCAGGGUCAUACGUUCACCCAAAGUGGCUGAAUAUGCAGAAACGAUUGUUUGAAGGGACGCCACCAAGGGAAUUGCAAAAAUUGAGUGACACACGCUGGGCCUGUAGACAAAAAGCGUGCCAAACUAUUCUUGAUAGGCUCCCAGCCAUUAUCUGCAUUCUUGAAGAACUAGAAGCCAGUGAAAGUGGGGACCGAUCUAUUGAGGCGCGUAGUCUCCUGGCCUUGAUAGAUAUACAGUUUGUUGCGCUUCUGGUCACAAUUUGCAAACUUUUUGGAGAGGCGAAAUGCCUUUCGGAUGCACUUCAGUGCAAAAAUCUUGAUCUCGGUGCAGUAGUCUCUCUGGUGGAGGCACUAGUAGACACCCUUAAAAGCUUUAGAAGUGAAGAAUACUUUGAGGGGUUAUGGAGAACUGUGAUUGCUAUGGCACAAGCAUGCAACAUUGACAUAGAACCCAUGAAGAGAAGAACUUUGCUUAGUCAAAGGCUGGACCAUGCACAUGUAACGUCCACUGUCGGUGGGCGUUCUGAGAAAAACGUGGACACUUUCAGAAUUGGCAUCUUUUACCAAAUAAUAGAUGUAAUGCUAAAUGAGAUUGAGCGGAGGUUUUCAAAGCCAAGUUGUACUGUAAUGCAUGGAAUUGAAGCCUUAAACCCCAAAAGUAAUCACUUCUUUGAUGAAGAAGCACUGCUUCCAUUUGCAGCACUUUAUGGCUGCAAUGCAGAAGAUUUGACACAUGAACUACAUCAGUUUAAGCGCAUACUGGACAGAAAAGUCCAAGCAGGCAUUGAAAUGCCUUCAAGCAUACUUGAUAUGACGAAAUUGCUGGAGCCUAAUAGCGAAAUUUUUCAUGAACUAUUUAGGUUGUACAAAAUUGCAGUCACCCUCCCAGUGAGCACAGCUUCUUGUGAAAGAAGUUUUUCUGCACUUAAACUCAUUAAAACAUACUUGAGGUCAACGAUGGGUGACCAAAGAUUGAACAACUUGGGUGUACUCAAUGUGGAGUCUAGACGAUCAAACUCCCUAAACUUGGAUGAGUUUGUGAAUCAUUUUUCUCACACCAGCCGCAGAAUACAACUUUAAAUAUAUACAUAUAUAUGCAACACACAUCAUCUGUCUCACAUACACAACUCAUGUACUACACCUCACCUACUUGCAACAUAUUCUCACUCUCUCUGACUCACACACACACACACACACCACCUCUCAUGGACUCUCUUAGAAUAUCCCAAACAAUAGCUUGUAACUCAGAGAUGUAAUUUGUACUGUACAUGUAAUGAAAAACAUCUCAACAUGUAGAAAGAUGUGGUACUGUAUAUGUAUGAGUUCAGUAUAAAUGUAGAAACAUGUGGUAUAUGUAUGAGUUCAGUAUACAUGUAUUUUCUUUUUACUGCAGAAAGCACCUUUAUGUUAAAUAAGUAUGUUACAAUUUCACUUAAAGUCUAUCUCAAACAAGAGCUCAGAACUCAAGAGAUUUAGUUUCAACAGUACAUAUGAUGGACAAUAACAUGUAGAAAGUGUUAACAUGUGGUAUGAGUUCAGUAUACAUGUAUUUUCCUUUUAUUGUAGAAAGUAUCUAUAUGCUUAUGCUACAUAUAAUAAAUGAAUACAUUGAUUUCUUACCUUGGAUUUUCUUGGAUUUUGUUCAUGAGUUGGACCUAAUUGAAUGAAUACUACAUGGCACCAGAUAGGCCACCAAAUACACCAGAAUAUAGGAAAUCAAAACUAGCUAAUUUAAAAUUUUUACGGGGGAGGACCCCCGGACCCCCCCGCCUUAAUUGGUCACAGCAUGGCCACCCCUUCGAUUGCCCUGGCCACCCUUUGGCCACCCCAUGUAAAAAAUUCUGGCUCCGC